AUGGCCGAACCGGAUGCAAAAGCACCACCUGCUGGCGAGGCUUCUGCCGGACCCAGCAAACCCCAAAAGCCUCCGAAUCCUGUGUGGAGGAUGAUGGGACUGCCAAACUUUCGCUUCAAGCUCCCUUCGCGCAAUUGGAUGAUAUUCCUCUCGAUUACCGGAUCGUGGACUGCAGCGGUCAUGUACGAUCGUCGCCAGAAAAAGCGCAUACAAAAGAAAUGGGCAACAGUCGUAGAGCACAUCGCACACGAGCCGUUGGACGUUCACCAGCUGCCUCGGAAGCUUACGAUAUUCUUGUCUGCACCGCCGGCGGACGGAAUAGUGCCCGCACGCGAUCACUUUCACGAGUACAUCAAGCCCAUUCUUGUUGCAGCGGCGCUGGACUGGGAUGCGGUUGAAGGCCGAAGGGAAGGAGAUGUGAGAGCUGGAUUAGCAGAGCGGAUACGGAAGUUGAGGAAGAAGAGGGGCGAGUCGACCGCUGAGCCACUGGAACCAGGGCUCGAAGAAGAGUUGGAAGGUCUAAGGCAAAGAGCAGGUGUCAACGGGUGGAACGGACCAGGAGGAGACAUCGUCAUUGGAAGACAUACAUGGAAAGAAUAUGUUCGAGGACUACAUGAGGGUUGGCUAGGACCUCUGGACGCCCCACCAACAUCAGAACCGUCUGUCGAGGUACCAGUUGCUGCGAUUGAACCCACACCUGCGUCGAACGAAUCGUCCUCUGACGGCGCGACACCUGCAACGACCGACGAUGCGUCUCCCACCGCUACAUCCGAAGCUCCCAAACCAGAAGAUGCUGAGAAACCCAAAGAGGAGAACAAGCCUAAAAAGAAGAAGCAACCACCGCCAUACAUCUCGACAGCCGAAUACCAAAACACUGUACUCUCCCAGAAUUGCCCACAAGCACUCGGUCCAGCCGCCGUAGUACCUCUUCCCCACCUCCUCGGAUUCUUCAACUUUCCCAUUCGCAUGUAUCGUUUCUUGAACAAGCGACAAGCGGCGGACGACAUUGGCAGGGAAACUGCAGCAGCGGUUCUGGGUGCAUACCGACCUUUCGAGACUGCAGGUGAAGCGCCUGUCACAAACGAGGAAGAUAGGCACAGCAACGCACAGUGGGAGCAGCAAAGACUACUCGCGCAUGAAGAGCCAGACUGGUCCAAGACUGCACGAAAGCGCGAAGAAGGCGAUACCAAGGAGAGGGUAUGGCUAGAUGAGAUGGUACUGGACCCGAGGAUUGCUGAGCGCAUGCGGAGGUUUGCAUUAGACGUUGAAGUUGAAGAGCGCGCAAAGAGCGUGUCUGUGUCCAAAGAAGGAUCAUGGUUCAGCUCACUGUGGCCGAAAGAGAAGCCCAAGGGCGCUUGGGAAGGAUUGAGCGACGAUUAA